AGCAGCAAAUAGUUUCGCGCGAGCCGCCGCGAACAGCGCAUCGCGAACAUUAAGAAUAAUCAAGUGUCCCUCCAACUAUGGAGUUCAGUUUUAUCGAGUGCAUAAUCACAAUCUCCGUCUUAUCAUGCGGUAUCUACUACUAUUUCGUGAAGAAUUUCAAUUUCUGGAAGUCGAGAGGAGUUGCAGGGCCCGAGCCCUGCUUCUUCUUCGGAAAUAUGAAAGACUUGAUGAGGGGAAAUGAGAGUUGGGCGUUAUUUCUACGACGAACUUACCAACAAUACAUUGACGAACCGAUGGUCGGUAUCUACGCACAUAGAGAGCCAAUCCUGAUUCUCAAUGAUCUUGAGUUGAUCAAGACAGUCCUCAUAAAGGACUUCAGCAAUUUCGUAGAUCGAGGGGCGAAAGCAGAUCCCCACGAUGUCCUCUCCAAUCACUUAUUUAUGCUGGAUCCCAAGAGAUGGCGCCCCCUGCGGAUGAAGUUGUCACCAGUCUUUACAUCCGGCAAACUGAGAGACAUGUUCUAUCUCAUCAAUCAAUGCGGUAAUCGUCUAGAAAAUUAUCUGGACAAGGUUGAUGGCCAGUCCAUCGACAUGCGCGAUAUAGCCGGGAAAUUCGCAACUGACGUCAUUGGUCUGUGUGCUUUCGGUGUAGAAGCGAAUGCACUGGAAGAAGAGGACAGCGCCUUCCGGAAAAUGGGUCUGCGCAUGCUUCAGGUUAUGACAAGUCUGAAAGCUGUACUGAAAAUGUACCUCAUGGAGAUGCUGCCACCUGUGUACAGGCUCAUUGGUGGACUCCUUGCGGAGCGCGAAAUGCAAAGCUUCUUCAUCAACCUAACGCGUGAUACGAUGGAGCACAGGAGGAAGAUGAACAUCACAAGACACGAUUUCAUAGAUUUACUGAGAUCUCUGAAGGAGGAGCCAAGUCAGAUUGAUGACAUCGAAUUGACAGACGGAUUAUUGGCAGCUCAACUAUUCGUCUUCUUCUUCGCGGGAUUCGAGACCUCAUCGUCUACCAUCAGCAAUUGUCUGUUUGAACUCGCGAUGAAUCACGAGAUUCAGGAUAAGCUCCGCGAAGAGAUCAAGCAGGAACUCGGUGAGUCCCGGGAGAUUACGUACGAGGGGAUCAAGAGGAUGAAGUAUCUUGAUCUGGUGGUGAAGGAGACCUUGAGGAAGUAUCCACCGCUCACGAUGCUGAUGAGGAAGUCAGCGAAGGACUAUACGUUUCCGGGGACUAAUAUAACUAUUCCUGCGAAAACUGGAAUCUUGAUUCCUAUUUACGCGAUUCAGAGGGACUCCAGGUAUUACCCGGAUCCUGAUGUCUUCAAUCCUGAGAACUUCAGGGAGGAGGCCGUGCAGAGUCGACAUCCAAUGACGUAUUUGUCGUUUGGUGAUGGCCCGAGAAACUGUAUCGGUGCGAGAUUUGGUAGUAUUCAGACUAAAGUCGGUAUUGCGAAGCUCCUACAGAAUUUCGUGGUCGAUAUUUGUGAUAAAACCGAUAAGGACUAUACGCUUAAUAACAGGGCGUUCAUGCUGACACCGAAGAACGGUAUUUUCGUCAAAGUAACGAAGCUUCGAUCUUGAUGAGUUACCGGAAAUUUCCUUUCACUUUGAUGUUUACAAUUUUCUCCAGACAUACAUAUUCCUAGUGUAUAAAAUUCUUUAUCGUAGUAAUUUCCUUAUAGCCUCCGUAUGAAUAGCAAUGGCCUAUCUUGUGAGAGACUGCAAUUCAUUCUUACGUGGAAGGUAAACAUUUUACUACUAAUGCUGUUCUCAGCGAGACUUUAGUCGUCUUAAUGACGUCCGUAGUUCUCUUUUUCCUUAUGUCAGACUAUCAAUAUUUGUGAUUGUUGUUUUACUAAACUAAAUAUACUGAAUAAUUGUUUAUUAUAA